AUGCGCAACUCCGUCUUUCUCCAAAAUGAUUAUAGCCCCCGUAAGAAGAAAAACCCAAAAAGCCCUGAUGGUUCAGAUAAAGAAUGGUCACGUAGUUCGUUGCCUUCAAACUCACAGACAAUGCAAUUUAGUUGCAAUGCCGAGAAUAUUGAUCUGGGUAUGCAUGUACUUUAUGGAGGUGAAGUCUACAAUUGGAAAGUUGAGAAAAAAUCUACAUAUAACUGCGCAGCUUUACGGAAACUAAAAUUUGCAAGGUGGAAUGCGUUUGAACUACCUAGAGACGAGAAUCGUGAAACAGUGUAUUGGGCAGCGAGGGAAAAUGGGUUUUAUCUUAGCUGGGAUAAAGCCAAGUGGGUGAGGAAUUCUACUUGGGAAAGCGAGUGA